GGGUAGGGGAGAAGCGUUGAUGCGCAUCGGUCUGGGACUGCGUGGGUCUGCCACAACACCCCUUCCCCAGCAUGAGCAACAUCUACAUCCAGGAGCCCCCCACCAACGGCAAGGUUUUGCUGAGAACUACAGCAGGAGAUAUUGAUAUAGAAUUGUGGUCUAAAGAAGCACCAAAAGCAUGUCGAAAUUUCAUCCAGCUUUGUAUGGAAGAGUAUUACAAUAAUACAAUAUUUCACAGAGUAGUGCCGGGUUUUAUAGUGCAGGGAGGUGAUCCCACUGGUACCGGCUCAGGCGGAGAUUCAAUCUACGGAGCUCCCUUCAAGGAUGAGUUCCAUUCACGAUUGCGAUUCAAUCGAAGAGGACUUGUUGCUAUGGCAAAUGCUGGACCCCAUGAUAAUGGCAGUCAGUUUUUCUUUACACUGGGUCGUGCAGAUGAACUUAAUAACAAGCACACGAUCUUUGGAAAGGUUACUGGAGAUACUAUAUAUAACAUGCUGCGGCUAGCUGAAGUGGAAGUUGACAAAGAGGAAAGACCACUCAGUCCACAUAAAAUAAGAAGUAGUGAGGUUUUGUUUAAUCCAUUUGAUGAUAUUGUUCCAAGACCAAAUAGAAAGCUGAAGAAGGACAAACCAGAAGAAGAAGAUAAGAAGCCCAAAGUAAAAGGCACAAAAAAUUUUAACUUGCUUUCGUUUGGGGAAGAAGCUGAAGAAGAAGAGGAGGAAGUGAACAGAGUUAGUCAGAACAUGAAGGGAAGGAGUAAAAGUAGUCAUGACCUACUGAAGGAUGAUCCACAUUUGAGCUCAGUUCCUGCUGUCAAAAGUGAUGCAGCAAAUGAAGAAAGUUAUUUGAGCGAGGAGGAAGAUGAAAAUGGUGAAGAUGUUGACAGUGUAGAAGGUGAAGCUGCGAGCAAUGAGAGAUUUCAAAUGAAAGAACGCAUUGCAAAAAAGUUGAAAAUGGAUACAAGUGAAACUGCUAAACUGCAACUUCAAGAGGAAGAAACUAAGAUGGAAAAGAAAAUCACCAGCCGCAGUGAGGAGCUACGGAAAGAAGCACGACAGCUGAAACGUGAACUUUUGGAGGCAAAGCAGAAAAAAGAAGAGCAAACUUUAAAACCCAAAGAAAAGGAAGAAGAGGAACCUGCACCAAAUAGUGUUGUUGAAGAAUACCGUCAGGAGAAGAGAAAAUAUGAAGACAAACGGAAGCAGCAGCCAAAGAAAGGAGUUUCCCGUGAAGAUCAGACACUGGCACUGCUGGACCGAUUUAAAUCAAAGUUAACCCAAGCAAUUGAAGAAACUCCUGAAAAUGAGGUUUCUGAAUUUGAAGUAGAUACUGAUGAAGGAUGGAUGUCACAUGUACUUCAGUUUGAAGAUAAGAGCAGAAAGGUGAAAGAUGCAAGCAUGCAGGAUGAAGACACAUUCGAGAUCUAUGAUCCACGGAAUCCUGUAACUAAGAGGAGAAGAGAAGAAAGCAAGAAGAUAAUGAGAGAAAAAAAGGAAAGGAGAUAAAAUGAAUGUAAUGCUAGCCAGAGCUGCUUUGAAAAGUGACUGCAAUAAAGCACUGGCUCUUUUGUAAGCUGUAGAUCUUAAAAAUAUCACUGGGCAAGUGUAAAAAGGAAUCUCUCAGGACGCUAUUGUAUGGUUUUGAAUCUGGACUACCACUUGUUUCUCAAGUUGUGCAUUAAAAUGCUCUCAGUGCAUUCAUUAUCCAAA